AUUUUUUCUCUUUUUAAAUGCAGUCUCACUAAUCGAAUGAUUUACACGUCAAUUUACUUAACGAAAAAAGCCUACAAAAAAUAUAGCACUCCUAUAUAAAAAAUGGGACUAACAAUAUCUAGCCUUCUAACACGUCUAUUUGGAAAAAAACAAAUGCGUAUUCUUAUGGUUGGCUUGGAUGCUGCGGGAAAAACAACUAUACUGUACAAACUUAAGUUGGGAGAAAUUGUAACCACCAUACCAACCAUCGGCUUCAACGUUGAAACUGUGGAGUAUAAAAAUAUAUGUUUCACCGUUUGGGAUGUUGGUGGCCAAGACAAAAUUCGUCCGUUGUGGCGUCAUUAUUUCCAAAAUACGCAGGGGCUGAUUUUUGUGGUGGAUUCCAACGAUCGCGAUCGUAUUAAUGAAGCUGAAAAAGAACUACAGAACAUGCUUCAAGAGGAUGAGCUUAGAGAUGCCGUACUGUUGGUUUUUGCUAACAAACAGGAUCUACCAAACGCAAUGACAGCUGCCGAGCUAACAGACAAGUUGCGCCUUAACCAAUUACGGAAUCGCCACUGGUUUAUUCAAGCUACUUGUGCUACCCAGGGUCACGGACUAUAUGAAGGACUUGAUUGGCUUUCAGCUGAAUUGGCUAAAAAAUAAUUCAAAAAUAUUCUUUAAAUGUAAGAUAAGAAUUCGUAUUGUCCUAUGCUGAAAACUAGACCAUAAAUAAAUUUGUACAUGUA